AUUCAUAUCCGCUCCUUUAUACCUUUACUCUUCUCUUUUGAACCCACACUUUAAUUUUUAAUUUUUUUUUCAUUCAAUCUUCUUUGCCGUCUCCGUAAACCCAACACCAUUUCGCCUUCCUUAAAUAUCAACAAAAUCUCCUGGGCAUUCCUUCAUUGAAGAAAACAAAUCUCCUUCAAGCUCUGCAAAAAUGGCGGCUGCUUUUGGAUUGAUGGGUGGCAUUUCCGGUCGCGGGUCGGGCUCCGUGUCCUCGGCCCGGUUGAGGAAUUCGGGGAAGAAGAUGGGAGGAAAUCAGAAGAUUUUCUGCGUUUCUUCCCUGUCGGAUCCUUAUACGACUCUCAGGCUUCGACCUGGGGCUUCUGAAUCUGAGGUCAAAAAGGCUUUCAGACAGCUUGCUCUUAAGUAUCAUCCAGACGUUUGCAGAGGAAAUAAUUGCGGCGUUCAAUUUCACCAAAUUUAUGAAGCCUAUGAUAAUAUUAUGAGCUAUUUGAAAGGAGAAACGGCGACGCCGGCGGCGGCGGCGGAGGAGUAUUACGAGGACGACGGUGAAGAGUGGGAAGAAUGGAUGGGAUAUGAGGCGGCGGGGGUGCGGGAUUGGUCCCAAGUUAACCCAUACUUCUGAAGAUCUCUGUAAAUCUUCAUCAUCUUCAUAGCAGAAGAAUGAUCAGAACCCACCAAUCUUCGUUUGAAGCUGUGAGAUUUGGUUGAGGUUUUGUGUAUAUAAGACUGGAAAUUCUAUUGUACAUACCCACCCCUUGAGUUUCUCCUGUAAUUAUUAUUUUCAUUAAUGAAAUAAGAAUUUGCAUUUCAAGUUUUUCAACAA